UAUUGGUCCCCAAUAGCGUAUAAGUUGUGCUUACAAAUCCCAUUUUUUUUUAUGAGACCAACACGGAAACAUGGGACGAGUAUAUAGCUAAACCUACAACGAGUUGCCUUUGAGUAACAGGUUGUGAGAGGAAUUGGCAGACUGUAACUUCCCCUGAGUUCAUGAUUUCUUUGAACAAGAGUUGAUUCAAAAGAAAACAAAGUAUACGGCGUUUUGGUACGUGACCAGCAAAGCUUUGUGCAGUAGGCCUAUACGAAUUGUUCGUCACAGACGCUAAAUAUACCCUUUCUACAUGACUCCACAACAGUAUAUCAGAGCUAUAGGUUUUUACAACAUUGACGAAAGAAGAUAAUGUGAGCACGUUACACAGUGUUGUAGCUCACAGUAGUGCAUUAGUAACCAUUGGGGAAUAAUUGGAAACGCUUAAAAAUAAAGAUGUCUAACACAGGUGACAUCUAUCUUGAAGAAUUGUCCGUCGCAAUUAAAUCGCUUCAAGUUGAAAGCUUACUUCAACUUAAUAAAGAUUCUUCUCCCAUCACGUUUGCAAACAAUCAAAAGACUUUAAACUACUUUUGUUCAUCAUUGGACAAAAUAUUCUUGCAUGGAUUGCGAGCAAAAGAACAAGGUUACUGGCAUUUUGUAAGGAGAUUUUGUCGAAAAGACACAAUAAAUCAUAUCCAGAAUCUAAAACAUGUUUUAACCAACAUUGGAAGAGGUAGAGCGUGGUUGUUUGUUGCACUAAACGAGAGCCAUCUUGAGGGAUUUCUCAACAGUUUCCAACACAAUCCUUCGAUUGUAGAUGAAUAUUAUUUAAGCCACGCAAUUUUGAGUACCCCUCAGCUUUUACUGCUACAGAGUUUAAUGUGUGGAUUAGAACACGUCAACUUUUCAAUUGAACCGGAUGUCCACUAUCUUGAUAUACCAGUUUUCCCUGUCGUAAUCACCCACCCUGCAAUAACUCCUCCUACCCAGUCAGAUUGCACAGUUCGUAGCAAGGGCAAACCAGAAUUAAGCCACCAAAACUCCAACCUUGGCUCUGCAGUUGUUAUAAAUCCGGAUGCUCUUGUGAAUGCUGCAUCCAAGGGCACAGAGCUUGCUGCUAAAGCUUUGAGAGGUGUUUUUGGGAAUAACCAGCUUAGAACAAGAGAAGUGGUGCUUGGUGAUGAAAUGCCAGAAGUGGCAUAUUAUGAAUUGCCGAAAGCACUGCAGGAUGUCGCAUGUUUUGAUUCCAUAGCAGAACAACAAGGAACUGAGCUCACUUGUAUGGGAAUAACUGUGAAAGAAAACACUAUAUGUAAGUCCUGCUCUUUUGACUUAAACAGAUGUCAAUGCGGAUCUUCUUCGAAAAAGAUGAAUCAACGAACGCAUAUUGAUUCUGACAUCUUGAUUGAUGACGGUCCGAUCAGAGUAACUCGACAGUUGUCAACACGGAAAAAACAUUCCUUCAAACACACUACCACGAUUGGUAUACAAUGUGAUGACAUUUUAAAUGAUACUGACUCGGGUCUACCAAGUGAUAUUCCAUCCUCUGUAGAUUCUAGCAUAGAUCUUCUCACAGCUUGGCUCUCUGCCUCUCAUCAUCAAGAAAACACAAAGUUAUUCGGCGUUCAUGAAAUUUCAACUCAGUGUAACGACUUGGGAGAUGAAAGUCCGGAAAAAAGUCAUUUUUCGCAUGAUCCAUUACAGACGGAUGUUUGCUUGAUUGAUUUUGUGACGGAAGAUGAAGCCUCUCAUAGUUGUGGUCUUUUUUGCUUUGAUUUAACAACCGAUGAUCCUGAAAUUCAUGAAGAAAAUUUAGAUUUCACACAGAAAAAAAUAAAAGAAUUGGUCGAUGGUGUGAAUCCUGACCUAACUUUUUCUGAAACUGAAAAAGAUUCAGUUUCGACAGAAAAAACUUUCAAAACUAAGUCUCCGCGGAAAUUACUGAAAAUGAAUAUACUACAACACGAACACACCAUAGGCGCUAUUGAAGCAGAGGAAAAGGAUAAUAAAAAAGUGGAAAAAGAACAUAAUGAAUGUAGCGAUAGAGAACUUAAUGAAACCUGUGGUUUAAACAAGACUGCUCAUACUGCUGUACCGAUUGCUUGUACUGAGAUUGUUAAUAAUGAAUCUGAAAUAGAGCAAAGCAUUCAUACCGAAAAAUCCUCUCAUAGUUUUGAAAGUCAACAAACAAACAAGUUAAACAUUGAAAGCACUACAAAUAAAAACUCGGAAUGCAAUGUAGUUCCGCAAACAUCAUGUGAUGAUAUAACAUGCGCUGGUGUAAAUACUUACUAUUUAAUGUGCAAUGCAUAUGCUGCUGAUAGCAAACUAGACCCAUGUCAAUCUAUUUCCGCUGAAAAUGAAAUUUCUGAAUCUCUCAAUCAAGUUAAAGUUGGCUCUUCUUGUAUUUUAGACAGUUUUAAUGCAUCUGAUAGCAAACUAGAACUGUGUAGUAAAGAUGAAACUAAUUCUGAUGAAAAUGCUAUAACUUCUAAACCCUCCCAUCAAGUUAAAGUUGCUUCUUCUUGCGCCUCGGGAAGUUCUGAACUUGACUACCCUGAUAUUUACAAAGUUGAAUCCAUUCAAAAGAAGAAAAAGAACAUGGAUAGCUGUUCAACUUCAUUAGAACUUAGUACUAGUAGCGAGAAAUCUCUUUCGGAAUCAAAUAAUUUAUGUGAAGUAACCACAAACAAACAUAUUUGCGAAAAAGAAAGUGAUAAAGUUCAUGCAAAAGUUCCUGUUUUUGAGAAAGCAGUUGAUCUGGCAUAUUAUGAUAAUUGUGAAACAGAAAACAGUAGCUUUGAAGAAGAGAAUAUAUCUCAGCACCUGUUUGAGGAAGAUAGUUUUGCGGAGAUGGAAGAUUCUUAUGUAGUGGAUAUUGAUAGCAAUCUACAUCUACAACUUAUGUUAGAUGUUGUGCUAAGCGAUGAUGAAAAGUUAAUAAAGCUUUUUCGUACAAGAUCACACUCAAAUAAAAACAACGAGAAUUUAUUUAUCCUCUUCACAAACAGCUUGGUUUAUUUCCUCACUCAAUAUGAAACAUUGUAUGUGAGACAGAACUAUCUUGGAUACUUUAACGUUGAUGUUUUACACAGCAAUCAGGGCCUCAUUUUUUCUGAAGAUGUUACUUCAAACACCAAGUGUGUAAGAUGUAAUACUUCAGAUUCUACACUGACAAGAUUACUCUUAUUUUGUUUUCAAGAAAAUAAACCAAAUAUCAAUCCAGCCAAUCUGAAAGGUUUACAACAGCAACUCCAUUUAUACUCUGACUGGACCAAGCAUACUUCUUGUCUUGAGUCCUGUGUGUCCAGUGAAACGGGUAUCCCUGUUUCAGAUUGUGAUAUUUUGCUGUACUCUCUCAUCGAGUGGAAAACUGAAUCAAAAGUUGUUAAAACUGAACCAUCACUUACAAGUGAUCUGUCAUACAAAGCUGGGAGAUCUUUUUUUGGUGGGGAAAAGUGGGUUUCAGCUUACUUUGUCUUGGAAGAUGGGCUUCUGUAUCAAUAUAAAACUAAAAAUGCAACGAAACCUGACCACUGUUACAUCAUAGAGGAGGAAAUAUCUUCUGUGGAGCGCGGCGUUACAAGCGCUGACUUCUCUGUUAUUUUAAGAACAGGUUCCCGGAUUAAUUUGCGUGCAAGCGAUGAUGAUAAUGCCAAGUCUUGGAUUGAAGCGAUCGCUUCAUUUAUACAGUCUUAUUCUAGUACAGCCGAAUAUCCUGUCAACUGCUCGCUUGUGAUCGCCACCAAGCGGUUGUUCAUCUGCCAUGAAGACCACAGCACAGGAUUCUGUCGUUGCCUGUCUCAUGUUCAACUCUCUGAAGUUACACACGUCGAAAUGAAUUACGAAACCCAUUUCUGUUGUGUGUAUUUCAAGCAGUGUUCCCCAAUGCAAAAGCCCUCUAGUUCAAAAGCGUGUAACUGGCAACUUCAGUUCCCAAGUGCGCAACACUGUGAGCAGUUUGAAAACACCAUGAAGGAUUGCUGUUAUUCCAUUUCAUUCAACCGGUUGACUACUUCUUGAUUUGUGGGCAAAACUGCAUUGUCAUUUUCCUUUUAUAUAGCCGACCACUAUCCAAGUGCCACCAGUGUUAUGUAGUUUUCAUUCGCCAGUUAUUACACCUAAUUUAUUUCACUAUUAAAUGUUAAAUACGCUUCUUUGCAAUUAUGUUGUUUCAUACUGUGAAUUGAUUUCGUCGAAAAUACAAUUUCCUGCCAAAUAA